AUGGCGGGGCCGAGGCUGAAGGCGGCCUUUUCGUCUUCCUCCUCCCUCCUCCUCCUCCUCUUCUGCCUUCCCGCCAAGUGUCCCGGGCAGGCCGGGGCUCGCUGCCGCCGCGGUUCAGCCCCCGCCGCGCACCCGCCGCCCCCCCGCCGCCACCGGCAGCCGGAGCAUCCUCGGCCCCGGCCCCGGCGAGCGGCGGCGGAAUCCGGGGAGCGGCGGCGCCGGGCGGGUUUUGAACGGUCCCGCCCGGGAAAUGGGGCUGGGGGCGGGGGGGAGGUGGGGCCUCCCCCCGGGGGGGGCAGCGAGGGGGGGCAGUGCGGCAAUGAGGGGGAGCGUCCCGGGCCGCAGGGAGGGCAGCGGGAGACGCCGGAACCCGCGGGGGGUGCUCGGGGGUCGGCAGGCAGAGCUGAGGGUCUCUGUGGCCCCCCGUGUCCCCACAGGUGUCACCCCCGGGUCCUCAUGCGCAGCACCCCGUGUUCAGCCGGCUGUCACCCACAGGUUCCUGCUCUUGGCACACCCUCAGGCUGCCACCACCCCGGGUCCCUGCUCUUGGCACCCUGCUCGUGGGGCAGUCACCGUCGCAGGGUCCCUGCAGGCUCCUGGGACUGUCACCAUCCCGAGAUGCCAUCGCCUGCCUGUGGCACCCCACACCCAGACAGUCGUUAUCCCGAGGUCCCCGCACACGGCACCCCGGGCUGUCACCGCGCCGAGGUCCCCGCACAUGGCACCCCGGGCUGUCACCGCGCCGAGGUCCCCGCACAUGGCACCCUGCUCCUGGUGCAGUCCCCGUUCCCGGCUGUCGCCGCCCCGCAGUCCCCGCACACGGCAUCCCCUGCCUGGGCCGUUGUCACCCCGCUGUCCCCGCGCUUGUCACCCCCAGGCUGCCACCACCCCAAAGCCCCUGCACGUGCCACCCUGGGCCAGCCAACACCUCGAGGUCCCCAGGGUGUCCCAGGGUGA